AAAUAUUUAUUCUCAUCCGCACAUACAUGCGUGUGUGUGUAGUCUCGUUCAACCGCAAAUAUAGUAUACGGUAUAUUAUAAAAUAUAUUAUAUGAUGUUGUAUUAUGAGAUUAUCAUUCAAUUUGACAUACAUGAAGAUGCACGAUAAGAACCAAGUUAAUUAUAGCUCUGUUUAAACAUGCAUGCAAUGCCAUAAUUAAUACAUGGAAUGCAGAUUAUAUAUAUGGCAUCCAAACUUACAGUCAUGUUCCACUGAUUAUGUUAAUGAUUGUCCUACUAUUCGUUAGAUGUGGCCUGAGUUGAUCAAGAAAGCAAAGGAAGGAGGGCUGGAUGCAGUGGAGACGUAUGUUUUCUGGAAUGUUCACGAGCCAGUCCGUCGCCAAUAUAAUUUUACCGGCAACAAUGAUCUCAUAAAAUUUAUUAAGACCAUCCACUCUGAGGGACUCUACGCCGUUCUACGAAUUGGACCUUACGUUUGUGCCGAAUGGAACUAUGGGUACACUUUAUUGUUCAUCCUUAAUUAUUUGCAAAUCUAAGCCUUUAAUUGAACUCCAUAUGUUUAGGGGUGCUAACUAUUUAGAUGCUCGUGCAUGGAAUCAGGGGAUUUCCUAUGUGGCUCCACAAUAUGCCAGGCAUCGAGCUUCGAACGGCCAACACGGUCUUUAUGGUAAUUAUAUAGAGAUCCCUAAUUUCUUAAUUAGUCUUUAAUCUUAAAAAUUUUCAAACCUUAGAUUAACUACAAAAUUAACUCAGUUAUUUGGUGUUGUUGGCAUGUAGAAUGAGAUGCAAAACUUCACAAACUUGAUAGUAGACAUGGUUAAAGCAGAAAAGCUGUUUGCAUCGCAAGGAGGACCUAUUAUACUUGCUCAGGUGUUUUUGAGGUCAAUUAUUUUUUGGUCUUUAAUUCCCAACAUAAAUUUAUGUAGUAUGUAUGUGCUUACAGUUUUAUGGUAAAAAAAUUGUACAGAUCGAGAAUGAGUAUGGCAAUGUGAUAUCAUCUUACGGAGCUGCUGGAAAAGCAUAUGUCGACUGGUGCGCAAACAUGGCUGAAUCCUUGGACAUAGGAGUUCCAUGGAUUAUGUGCCAACAAGAUGACGCCCCCCAACCUAUGAUAAACACAUGCAAUGGGUUCUAUUGUGAUUCAUUCACGCCAAACAAUCCCAACAGCCCCAAAAUGUGGACAGAGAACUGGACUGGAUGGUUCAAGAACUGGGGAGGUAAAGAUCCACUUAGAACUGCAGAGGAUCUUGCUUUUGCUGUUGCACGGUUUUUCCAAUUUGGAGGCACAUUCCAAAACUACUACAUGUAUCAUGGAGGGACAAAUUUUGGAAGAACGGCUGGAGGUCCAUAUAUUACCACAUCGUAUGACUACGAUGCCCCUAUCGAUGAAUUUGGCAAUCUGAAUCAGCCAAAAUGGGGACACCUAAAGGAGCUCCAUCAAGUACUGAAAUCCAUGGAGAAGACUCUUACCCAUGGAAACAUCUCCCAUGUUGACAUGGGCAAUGGCGUUUCCGUGACAUCCUAUGCAACUAACGAAGCAACAGCCUGCUUCUGCGGCAAUGCAAAUACCACAGCCGAUGCCACUGUUGCCUUCCUCGGCAAGCAAAUCACCGUGCCCGCUUGGUCCGUCAGCAUUCUUCCGGAUUGCGAGCAUGAAGCUUACAACACUGCCAAGGUAAAUACCCAAACUUCUGUGAUGGUGAAGAAGACCAAUGGUGCAGAGAGCCAACUUAGUUGGAAGUGGAGGCCUGAGAAUACAGACGAUACGGUUGUUACCGGAAAGGGUCACCUUCCCUUGAAUCAAAUGAUAGAUCAGAAGAUGAUUAAUGAUGUUAGCGAUUAUUUAUGGUACACGACAAGUGUUAACAUCAAAGAAGAUGAUGCAAUCUGGAGUGAAAACAUGACUAUCAGAGUGAACGCUACCGGUCACGUACUCCAUGCUUUUGUGAACGGUGAAUAUGUUGGUUCUAAGUGGGCUACAUAUGGAAUCUUCAACUACGUUUUUGAGGAGAGAGUGAAACUAAAGCCUGGCAACAACCUAAUCACGUUGUUGAGCGCCACCGUCGGAUUCCAGAAUUACGGACCUUACUUUGAUAUCAUCGCCUCUGGAGUAUCUGGUCCAGUUGAAAUCAUCGGGAAGAAGGGUGAUGAGACAGUUUUAAAGGAUUUGUCUCACCAUAAAUGGACAUACAAGGUUGGAUUGAAUGGCCUAGACAACAAGCUAUACAGUGAAGAUUCGCGUUAUGCUUCUAAAUGGCAAGCUGAUGAUCUCCCAACCCAGAGAAAGUUCACUUGGUACAAGGCUACCUUCAAGGCUCCUUUGGGAACAGACCCAGUAGUGGUGGAUUUGCAAGGCUUGGGCAAAGGCCUUGCUUGGGUUAAUGGCCACAGCCUUGGCCGGUAUUGGCCAAGUUUCCUGGCGGAGGAAGAUGGUUGCAGCUUGGAGCCUUGUGAUUAUCGUGGUCCAUAUGACGGUAACAAGUGCGCCUCAAAUUGCGGCCAGCCAACUCAGAGAUGGUACCACGUUCCUAGGUCUUUCUUAAAUGAUGACAUGAACUCGUUGGUGCUCUUUGAAGAAUUUGGAGGAAACCCAUCAAUGGUGAGCUUUCAAACAGUUGCCCCAGGAACUGUUUGUGGAAAUGCCUAUGAGAACAAGACUAUGGAAUUGUCAUGCCAAGGUCGCCCCAUUUCAGCCAUCCGUUUUGCCAGUUUCGGUGACUCCAAUGGCACUUGUGGAGCUCUUACAAAGGGCAGUUGCGAAGGAGGAAAAGAUGCAAUCUCCAUUGUGCAAAAUGCCUGCGUGGGAAAGGAGAGUUGCUCAAUCCAAGCCUCAGAAGAUGUUUUUGGAUCAACAAACUGCGAUGGCAUUAUAAAGAAGCUCGUCGUGGAAGCUGUUUGUUAAUUAGAUUUUUGUUUAUUUUCUGCCUGCCUCCCCUUUCUCAGGCAAUGCAAUUGUUGACCUAUUAUUACUAUGGGCAGUGAGCUUUUUUUAUUUUUAUUUUUUUAGCCUUUAGCUGAACCUUUUAAGAGGUCAGGAUUACGUAGAUAACUUCUAGGAGUUUCUUUCUUAUAUUAAAAGCUUUUGAGUAAUUCAUUUUUUUUAUCUCCUUGCUAUUAAUCACAACUUGCAGUCUCUACAACUACAAUUUUGGGUGUAUGUUAGGUAAAUUCAUCGAGCGAGCCCAUGCUAUAACCCACGGAUCACAUGGCUUGUUUUCUUCCAUUACCUGUUAAAUACCAAAUUUCAUAAAGAAAAGGAGACUUCCGUGAACGAGCAAUAAGGUUCUGAACUGCAAACAUAUUAUGGAUGAUGUUAUUUCAGCAUGAGUUAAUUUGUGCCCUUGGAGUUUUAGAUCAUAACUUAGAUUAUUCAGUUGGAGAUUGAGGAAGUUCAUUCAGAUUCUGGAAGAUAUUUCUUCUGAAAUGUUGAUUGUUGCUACUUGCUAGGGCUCAUAGCACCUUUAGAUGGAUAUUUUCUCCUACAAAUUCUAAAUUACAGUCAUUAGCUGGUCAAUGACUCUCUUCCCCCUAUUGCUUAUUGUAUCAAACUAUAUAUAAGCAGGAGAUAUAGUGUAAAGGAACAUUCAUAGAUCAGGCACGUAAGAUAAAUUUACGAAGCAAUGACAAAGAAUGUAGGAAUUAAAGGUCAAGGCAAUGAGAACGAACAAGAUUAUUCAAUUGCCCUGUCAAGGUUUCAAAAAGAGAGAUCCAAGAACACACCAAAGUAUUCAUAUAUUUUUGUGUUAGCUAUGCACAGAUCCUAAAGCAAAACCACAGCAAUUCACUUCUUAUCCACGCACACAUUCCAAUCACUGAACGACACCAAACGAAGUUAUCAUACUUAUGAUU